GUUACUAGGGUUUUGUUUGAGACUCACUCAAAUCGGAAAUUUUUGAAAAUAUGACGACGGAGCUAGUAACGCCGGGAGAUGUAAUCGGGAAAGCGACUGAGUUUAAAGCCGGAAAAGGAGCUUAUGUUAACGACACCACCAUCUACGCUUCUCUCACAGGAACUCGUCGGAUUGUUUCUCCUCUUCCCGAAUCACUUGACCAGAGAGCUGUUGUAGAAGUUACGGGUCACAAGGCACAUGGUCCUAUUCCAGAGCCUGGUUCUGUUGUCAUAGCAAGAGUGACUAAAGUUAUGGCUCGGAUGGCUGCUGUUGAUAUCUUGUGUGUUGGUUCAAAGGCCGUUCGUGAAAAUUUUGCCGGCGUAAUUAGGCAACAAGAUGUUAGAGCAACAGAGAUUGAUAAAGUUGACAUGCAUCAGUCUUUUCGUGCUGGUGACAUUGUUAGAGCUAUGGUUCUGUCUCUUGGUGAUGCACGGGCUUACUAUUUGUCAACUGCUAAGAAUGAACUUGGUGUGGUCUCAGCAGAAAGUGCUGCAGGAGAAACAAUGGUUCCAAUAAGUUGGACAGAGAUGCAGUGCCCAUUGUCGGGCCAAACAGAGCAGAGAAAAGUUGCCAAGGUGGGUAACUGAAUUCAAGACAACACUUUGGCUUCUCUCACAUAAUGAGGUGUGGUCUCUGCAGCAAGACAGAAUUUUGAGAUUGUUACAAUUUUCUGUUGUUUGGUUAUCAAGUGUAGAGAUAAGUUUAGAGCAACUUGACCUUAUUCCUUCGUCAAAGUGGGCAUAUUCAGGAUACUAUUAUUAAUUAGAGGAUACUCACAAGUUCUUAAACUCAAAAGACAUUUUGUUGUUACUGACUAUUUCAAAUCCACACUUUGUAUGUUUA